GAGUGGUUUUACUGUAUUCUAUGUUUAUAUUUUCACUGUAAAGGGAUUGACUUCAUUUUCACACUUGUGUGACAGUUACGAUUCCGAAAGCGCAAAGCGGGAUGCACAAAAUCAAAAGCUUUCCUUGCUACGCCUCCGAAAAGCAUCGUGAACAGGUGACAUUCUCUAAAAAAAAACGUGCAAUGUGAGAAAUCAAAUUCCCACCCGCACGCCCCUGCCCCUUUCCUGGCUAUGCCUUAGUAAUAAGUCAUCUGAGGUUAAUAUUCCGAAAACGCAAAGUGGGAUGCACAAAAUCGAAAAGCUUUCCUUGCUACACCUCCGAAAAGCAUCAUGAACAGAGGAGCUAAAUCGCGCUGCAAUUGGUUGCAUCCCACCAGGAAGUGAUGUGAGUCCGGGUUUCAUCCUGCGACGCCCCUGAAGGCCUCACGUUGGUCCUUGGAGAUGUUGCCUUUGUGAGCAGCACGAAGAAGAGUCUCAAAAAUGAUUCUUGCGGAAUGUCAAACUUCACGCCGGCGCCAUUGAAGGCUCCCUUGUUUGCGCGACGCGCUGAAAGGCGGCCAUCCUUCAACCGUGUCAACCCCGUCGAGACGCUUUUGUGCGCAGACGCCGCUUCGACGCGCUGCAGCCGGAGCGGGAGGAGCGAAGCGGCGAGGUUGCGUUCUGCGGAGGGUCCUAGUCCGCGGUUCCGCUUUGGGGAGGUCUGCCGUCGGCGCGCCGCGGGCCGCAGAUAUGAUGGUCCAGUGUGCCGGCUGCGAGCGGCCCAUCUUGGACCGGUUCCUGCUCAACGUGCUGGACCGGGCCUGGCACGCCAAGUGCGUGCAGUGCUGCGAGUGCGGCUGCAAGCUGGCCGACAAGUGCUUCUCGCGGGACGGAAAGCUCUACUGCAAGGUCGACUUCUUCCGGCGGUUCGGUACCAAGUGCGCCGGGUGCCUGCAGGGAAUCUCGCCCAGCGACCUGGUGCGCAAGGCGCGCAGCAAGGUUUUCCACCUCAACUGCUUCACGUGCAUGGUGUGCCACAAGCAGCUGUCCACGGGCGAGGAGCUCUACGUCAUCGACGAGAACAAGUUCGUGUGCAAGGACGACUACCUGAGCUCGGCCACCAUCAAGGAGGUCAGCCUCAACUCAGUGUCGUCGUGCACGGACCGGAGCCUGUCGCCGGACCUCCAGGACGGCGGCCUGCACGACGAGCUGAAGGAGGCCGACAACUGCACCUCCUCCGACAAGGAGACCAACAACAUCGAGAACGAGGAGCAGAACUCGGGCGCCAAGCGGCGGGGGCCGCGCACCACCAUCAAGGCCAAGCAGCUGGAGACCCUCAAGGCCGCCUUCGUCGCCACGCCCAAGCCCACGCGGCACAUCCGGGAGCAGCUGGCGCAGGAGACCGGGCUCAACAUGCGCGUCAUCCAGGUUUGGUUCCAGAACCGGAGAUCCAAAGAGCGACGGAUGAAGCAGCUGAGCGCUUUGGGGGCCCGCAGGCACGCCUUCUUCCGGGGCCCGAGGAGGAUGAGGACCCUGGGGGGCCGCCUGGAGGACCCGGACAUCUUGGGGCCCGCCGCCUACGGCUACUACGGAGAGUACCAAGGGGACUACUACGGACCGGGAGCCCACUACGACUUCUUCCCGCACGGCCCCCCGUCCUCGCAGGCCCAGUCCCCCGCCGAGUCCCCCUACAUCUUGGGCUCGGGUCCCGGGGCCAUAGAAGGCUCGGGCCACCUCCCCUCGGACGACCAAAGGUUCACGGACAUGAUCUCGCACGCCGAGACGCCCAGUCCGGAGCCGGGCUCCCUGCAGCCCGUGCCCGGGGAGGCGUACGGGGGCGGGCCCAGCCCCCCGUUCUCGCUGGCCAGCAACUCCAGCUACAGCGCCCCCAUGUCCCACCAAGGCCCCGAGAUGGGCGAAGCGGCGGCCUGGUGAACCCGCGAGGGACCCCCCUGACGGGCCGGGAGUUACUUUUUAACCGAUAACGGACGGCUUUUCACCGCUGGACCCACGCUUAGAAGUGUAGACGCGCCUCACGAGCUUUCUUGGAAUACCGGACUUGAAUUAUUUAAGACAAAGACUUUGACCGAGUCCACGCUACCGCAAAAUCCCAGUAGACAGACACCACAACGCCAAAGGGACUUUUUCUUUUCUUGACGUUCGUUUCCCGCAUUUUAAAGCCAAACGUCACCUUUUUGUAUCCGCGUUCACGGGUCGGAGGUCGGAGGUCGGGGAACGCGUCCCCGCCCCCGCCCUGAGAUAAUUACAAGCGACCGCCGCUCCCGUCAACACCGAGCGUCGGUCGAUUUUAAAAUUCACACCCCGCUUGCUCGUUCCGCCCAUCACGCGUCCCCGGAUGAUGGCGAAUUCGCGGGUCGACGACCGCGACCGCCCCCGUCCCUGCGUCGGUACCUCUCAUGAGCGCAGGCCCGUGGCGGCCUGCCACCGUAGAAAACGUCCCAAAAAAAAAAAAAAAGGGACUAGCUGCAGCUAACCCCCGCUAUCUGUUAUCGUAUCACGAUUGAUGUCAAUUAAAAAAAUGGAUUAAUGCCAUUCCCCAAUUUUGGACAAUUCCAUUUUCUUUGCGCACCGCAUCGUAGUUGUGGUUUUCCUCAGAGGGCCGUUAAACGUUUAAUCCCAUCGCAUCGUUUUUGAACGUUUUCGGAAAACAAGAAAAAAAAAAAAAACACAGCAAGAAGAAUCCACUUGCAUCAAUUCCGCCUUUGCUGAUGAAUUAUUAAUAUUAUUAUAAACCGGAAGACUGACAAUCUACACACCAUUUUUUUCCCGUUGAUAUCUUGACAAUAAACCGAAAAAACACUUUAGCAUUUAUGCUCUUACGCUAACCAUAUUGUCAUGUAGGCAAUUACCCUUGUAAACCAAAUAACUCCAAAGUUAUGAAAAAUGGUAUAUAAAUAUUUAAGUCCACGACCGUUCGGUCAGGCUUCGGGUCGCUAACGCUCACAAUACGAGAAAAAGAAAGGACACUUUAGCAAGAAACAUGAAGUACACGCACUUUAUUUGCUAUCGUGGCCUUCAACUAAAUGAUGUGGCGGCCGGGAUCUGGUCCCCAGGCCUCGACUUUGACACCCGUGGUUUAAUCCCCCAAAUACACAACAAACUUGGAUCCUAAAACAGUUUAAAUCUUCCGUUAUUACCCUUCAAACUCAAUUAGCAAAGUUUCUUUGAAGUAAACCAAAACAGUAGCUGUACAUGCAAAGACUUUCAGCUACAACCCAGGCUAAAACGAGCUCCUCCCCGACAUGACAGAGCUCGUCGCUUCAUCGCUUCGACAUAUUUCUCCGGAACCAUUUCACGUUUUACGUUUGCGAUCUCGACGAUAGCCGAAACGCUCAAUUUGUGAAUAGUGAAACGGCAACACGCGGGCGGCGGGGGAGCGUUCGUGGACUUGGAACGACGACGGGGUACGCGAGUCCCGCGCGCCGUCCGCCGUCCCGUUUCCCCCCUGUCGCUAAAUGUCGCGCGGAUACUUUAUUAUUUGUCGUAAAUAAGUAAUAAUCGCCGGAGCUCGCUCGUCGGCGAGGGGGAACGAGAAACACGGGCGGGCCGAUCAUUCGGAUCAAAAAGGCAGACGUGGCCCUCCCCCCCACUUCCUACCUUGGCGCCCCAACACGACGACGGUGUGCUAAAACAAGGCGGCCCACACCUUUAUCCCCGCCCGGGCGCGUGCGCGCAGGCGGCCCUGAUUGUCGGGCCCGUGCGCGCGGCGCCGCCCGACCUUCCCUUUGUUCGGGUCCCUUUUUCACAAGACGUGUUUUAAUGGAAAUGAUUUUCAAAAGCACACUGAAGCCAUAAUAGAGAAUCUCCUUCAACAGCUGAGGUCUGCUGCCUCUUCAAGGGAGCAAACAAAAGAGGGGCCACGCAACAUCUGUGGCGGGCCGCACGCCCCCCAACUAGCCCCCUCGGUACCUCCUCACCCGUCCCCGCCGCAGCCUUCGGUCGCCACCUAGCGGGCGGCGUCCUUUUCCCGCCCGCCCGCGAGCCAAAGUGAGCAUUUUUUGGGUUUCCUUCCCGCCGACGUCACUUCUUGUGGUUUCUUUGCCGGUGGCCUGCAACCCUCCUCGGAUGGAAAAUGUGAGCGCGCGUUGCACGUCCGAAGGGUUCCAUUAUUUCCAUGUAAAUAGUGCCGCUAAUAAAAACUGUCUCUUACAA